GCAGUAACACCCCCCUCAGCACCCCUGCUCCUCAGCUCAGUCUGUCAGAGCAGGCAGAGCGCGAGCACCCGGGGGCUACAGCUCACUCACUACUCACUACUCACAACCACUGGAAACCACUGGAAACUACUAAAAACACUACUGAGGUUCCCCUUAAAAACCCAGACCUCCAGAGUUCCAGCAGCCAAAGUGAUCUGAGCCAGCAGGAAACAAGGAGCGACAACCGAUCUGCCGAGCAAAGCCUCAACAAUUUGUGGAUUUACUGCUUCCAUCUUGUGGUGGAACCAUGAUUCCUCUAAGGACUAGUAUGUAAGCAGAGAAGCUAAAGAAAGCUUGGUGAAAAGUAUGGAAGCAUCGCACGCUGCCUAUGUUGCUGCGCAUCCGACGGCGGCUCCCCUGACCCCGGCUGCGGGAUACCUAUUCAGAAUGUUUCGGGAGUACCAGAGCAACGAGGUUAUUGUGGAGCACUACAACUUUACUGGAAAGCUGAACAAGAACAAGUACAGGGAUGGCCUGAAACCUGAAGCCAUCGUGUUCCUCAUUAUCUGUCUGCUUAUUGUUCUGGAGAACGCUGUGGUUCUUGUAGCAAUCUGGAAGAAUAAAAAGUUCCACGUGCCCAUGUACUACCUGCUGGGCAACUUGACUUUCUCAGACUUGUUGGCAGGAUUCACCUACAUGGUGAACAUUGUAACGUCAGGUGCCAACACUCUCAAAAUGACCCCAGUCCAGUGGUUCCUGAGAGAAGGAGGAGUCUUCAUAACGCUGGCUGCAUCCAUCAUCAGCCUGCUGGCCAUCGCCAUCGAACGGCAUGUCACAAUGGUGCGGAUGAAGCCCUACCAGGGGGCCAAGCGUGGACGAAUGUUCGCCCUGAUUGGUGUGAGCUGGGUGUUGUCUGUCUUCUUGGGUGUGCUGCCCAUUAUGGGCUGGAACUGCAUGGGUAACCUGGAGCAGUGUUCCACAGUCCUGCCGCUCUAUUCCAAGAGCUUCAUCCUCUGUUGCAUCACAGUUUUCACCGCCAUCUUACUGGCGAUCGUGGUGCUCUACGUCCGCAUCUUCCACGUCGUAAAGUCCAACACCAAGCGACUCGGCUGCGGCCCUCAGCGCAAAGGUUCGGCCAAGAGGUCUCAGAAGUACAUGGCUCUGUUGAAAACCGUCACCAUCGUGCUGGGGGUCUUCAUCGCCUGCUGGCUGCCCCUCUUUAUUCUCCUUUUGUUGGACUUUUGCUGCCCAGCCCAAAGCUGCGAGGUGCUCUUUAAGGCGGACUACUUCCUGGGUAUCGCUAUGAUCAACUCACUGCUCAACCCCAUCAUCUACACGCUAACCAGUAAAGACAUGUACAAGGCCAUCCUGAAACUGCUCUGCAGCUACUGUCUGCUGACUAAAGAUGGACACUUGAAGAAGUUCGGAAUACCCUUCUUGGAGUGCAGCACGAGUAAGACGGAAGUGCCGUCGCACAGGCUGGAGGGACUGGAGACAACAGUCUCCUCCGGAAACUUUACUCCAACCACGAUAAAGACGAUUUAUCCCAAAAUGUCAAAGACGUGAGUUUAGAGACUUUUGACAUUUGUGUCAAGACUCUUACACGUUAUACUAUGGACUAUAUGAUGUAGUAGAGUCAAAAGUGCCUUGACAGGAGGUCAGAGACUGCACAGACUGUACUGAAGGUGUUUCCUUUAAAGGGUAGAGAUAUACUUGCUGUUAACUGCUUUAACUGCAGUCACGUACGCAUAUCGUCGUUGUCUAAUGAAAAACAAGUGUCUCCAUUUUUUCUUAGAUUUUUAGUCUACUACAUAAUUUGAACCGGCAAACUGUCCCUUACACUGUGUCAAAAAUUCUUGAUUAACAGACCAAUAGAAAAACUU